GUUGCAAAUGCACACGUCUCUGCAGCUCGAUUUUGCCGUCACUUGCAUAUCUUGACAAGAUUGUCCCAGUCAUGUCGAAAAUAGAGAAGCAAUCGACGGGACGAUCUGUGGAGGGCCGAUCUCAAGAUAACUCGGUCAUGUCUCAGUAUCGUCUCCAAAAGAAGUGUCGAGCGCAUGUAUUAUCCAGAUGAGCCCUAUUUCUACCGCUUCUUUGUCAAAAAGUUCCAGAAACGAUCGCCCCUCAUCAACCGCGGCUACCAUCUUCAGCUGCAUGUUAUAAAUGUAGCUGUCAGGAAUUUCCUCCAAAGCCCUUCCGAGAAGCGGAAGGUUGUCGUCAACCUCGGCGCUGGAUAUGACGUGCUCCCAUGGCAGUGCCUGACGAGAUAUCCCGCUGCGUGCAAGGAUGCCAAAUUCAUUGAUAUUGACUUCCCUGAUUUGAUGAGCAAUAAGUCCAGAGUUGUCCAAGAGACCUCAGGGCUCAACUCGAUGCUGACAAAUUUACGGGUCCCCGAAGACCCUCUGGUUUUGUUGGAGAGUGAUCAGUAUAUCCAAAUAGGAUGUGACCUACGGGACCUCAACACAAUACAGCAGUCGUUAUCACGAACGGUCGACAUGGCCGAAAGCGAAUUCAUGUUCGUCGCAGAGGUCUCGAUCACAUAUAUGGAGACGGUGGCGGCCGACGCUGUCAUCAAAUGGGCGAGCUCUCUAGGCCAAGCGGAAUUCUGCUUGUUGGAGCAAAUAUUACCUGAUAGUGCCGACCAUCCUUUUGCAGAGACCAUGUUACGUCAUUUUGAGAAGCUCAAUACGCCACUCAAGUCCGUGGCCGCAUACCCUACACUUCACGCCCAAAAGCAACGAUUUACUGGUCUCGGGUGGUCUUGCGUGCAUGUUGAAACCCUGUGGAGUACGUGGUCAUCUGAGAAAUAUCUUUCGUCAGAGGACCGGUGUAAAAUCAAUGAGGUUGAACCUUUCGACGACUGGGAGGAAUUUGCCAUAUUUGGCAGCCACUACUGCGUUGUAUCUGCCACGACCGGACCAGCUCAUAAACAAUCUAGUCUUGUACAGCAGACAGACUUCUCGACGCCCACCAAGCAGGAGCUACCACAUGUUGCCAUCGAGACUGUCUUCAAGGAGGGGUUACGGACAUGUCAACGACGUUUCGGAGCUCCAUUGUUGCUCGAGGACUCACGUGGAUAUCAAUAUAUCGCCAAUAUUUAUGGUCUUGGUAGCACCAGUCGUUUAAAGUCUUUGGAUCUCUAUGCCUCUGGCACAACUGAUAUCCCACUCAAACCAGCUGGUCCUCCGAGUAGAAUAUGCCACCAGGUCGUCGACCUUGGGGUUUCCGGUCAUCUUCUGGUUGGCGGUCGGGGAUCUCUAUCAGCUCCUCUAAAGGACUGUUGGGUGAUGGAUAAAGUCCUGAAGUCUUGGAAGAAAACUCAUGACCUACCCAUGCCACUAUAUCGGCAUGCAGCCGUUAGGCUUGGUGAGUCGAGUCUCGCACUUGUCGUUGGUGGCAAGGUCGGACCGUCGACUAUGUCCGACAAAUGUCUGUUGUACGUCCCCGAAAGGGGCUGGGUUGAGUGUGAAGCGACGGGGCAAACCUUUGUUCCUGUUUUUGGUUCCAUGGUAGCAAGUACCAAUCGCUCUCUGUGCGGUCCUUCCGCCGUAUUUGAAGGUAUUUUGGCUGGUGGGCUCCUGGGCGAUGGCACGUUAUCCAAACAGAUCCUCCGAUGGGAGCUCUCAGUGGCAAAUCUGGAUAAGCCGGUCAUCGCGUUUACUUCACUUGUGGUCGAGGGGCCGCAAGACAGAUUGCGAUCGCACCAUCUACUGGAACGUUUUGGCGCAAAUGUCAUAAUGACCAAAAGCAACCAACUACUGGUCAUAGGCGGAAUAAUCGAGAAUCAAAUCCUGGCAGGUAGCGUCGAGAUCCUGUUCGUAGACGUCUCAAACAAGACUUUGACCGUUACCUCUGCUGGACAAAUUGAUGCUCGAGGGGCACCACGACCACUGCUGCUCGGAAUAUCUACGACAAAGGACGCGUGUGGACAAGUUGUGCUUAGUGGAGGCGGCGCAAAUUGCUUCUCCGCGGGAACAUUUUGGAACAAAGGUCACUAUGUCUUGAAACUCGAUGAGUCAAGAAACCAAGAUACCAUGUGCCGAAUGGACUGGUCUUUCCGCCGGACAAUGGAGCUUACAGAUAUGCCUGUAUUUAUACAAAAGAACACUUCAGGCGAACAUGCUGAGAGGCCAACAGUGACGACUAUACCAAGAGUCAAGCUUAAUUCCUCUUCAGCGUUUGCGGAAAUUAUGAAGGCCGGUAAGCCGGUCGUCAUCGAGCGCACCGAUUUGGGUAGCUGCGUCAGCUUGUGGACUCCUGAUCACCUGGUUUCCAAAGUUGGCAAAGAACGCAAGGUCGUUGUACAUGAAGCAGGGUCGGCAAAGAUGGAUUUUAACUCCAAGAACUUCAAGUAUGUGACGAAAGAAUUCGGCACAUUCCUAAGCGAAGCGGAGCAAGGUGGGAAAAUGUACCUGCGAGCACUUUCUGAAGACAACCCAGCCGACAAGCCUGCUAGUCUUAGUCGCGACUUCCCAGAUCUAGCCGAUGAGUUCAGAUUACCGGCGGAGCUGUCUUUUGUUGCAGAGCACUCGUUCAGCUCAGUGCUGAGAAUUUCUGGGCCUGUCAACAUGUGGCUCCACUACGAUGUCAUGGCAAAUAUCUAUUGUCAGAUCAUUGGCUCGAAGCGACUGGUUCUAUUCCCACCAGGAGAUGUCACGGAACUCUCGUUUUCCCCAGGAGCUUCCAGCUCCAGCCUAGACGUGUUUGCAGAGCUAGACUCAGCGGCGUUGGCCCAAACACAUCCAUGUGAGGCGAUUCUUACGCCAGGCGACGUACUGUUCUUGCCGCCACUAUGGCUUCACACGGCAAACCCAAAGACAGACCUUGGUGUAGCUGUCAAUGUUUUCUUCCGUAGCUUAGAAGAUGGUUACGCAGCUGGUCGAGAUGUGUAUGGUAACCGCGAUCUCGCGGUAUACGAAAAAGGCCGACAUGACGUUGCCCGGAUUGUCAAUACUUUCAGUAAGCUCCCAGAAGACAUGCGGGAGUUCUACGUGAAAAGAUUGGCUGGGGAGCUGGUACAGAGGUUAUAUGAAUGAGCUCAGCUUCUCUCCCUCUUCCCAGAUCUCUGUGUUAACCACUUAUAUACACGUUCAAGUUGAUGACCAAUCUUCUCGUCAGUGUCUCGAGCGUGUUCAAG